AUGAAAGUUCAGAAGAAGAAGAAGAAGAAGAAGAGGAUGAGGAGGAGGAGGAAGAAAAAUAAGAAGAAGAAGAAGAAGAAGAAGAAGAAGAAGAAGAGGAAGAAGAAGAAGAAGAAGAAGAAGAAGAAGAAGAAGAAGAAGAAGAAGAAGAAGAAGAAGAAGAAGAAGAAGAAGAAGAAGCAGAAGAAGAAGAAGAAGAAGAAGAAGAAGAAGAAGCGGGAGAUGCGAUCACUGGAGCAAGAAUUUUAUCGGCCUGACGUUUCGGAUUCGCACUCGAACCCAUCAUCAGAGACGGUUGCAGACAAAGGUUAG